AUGCAUUUCCCGACACGGAAUUGCGCCCCUAUCGUGUCGGCGGCGACGGGGAGGAUCUCACAACGCGGGAGCCCGUACACCUCGCAUAGCAGUUCAUUUUCAGGGAGGUGUAUCGGCAAGGGUAUUGGUCUGGGAGCUUCUGGAGCAUCACUGGUAACGAAGCUGGGAUGUUCUGGGCCCGCUGCAAUUCCACGAGAUCAUCUUGCAUGGAUUCCGGUCAGGAAAUUCAGCCAACCUGGUCCAACACAAACCUCCAGUGAUAAAAAGAGGACCCAAGAGCUUUUGGAGAAGUUUGAAGUUCAAGAGGGCAAUCAAGAAGCUCGGCCUCGGCGGACAGUUCUUGGUGAAAAUGGCAAAGAGGGAAAGUGGCCUGAGAGAAUGACCAAAGGUAAAAUGUUGACGACGCCAUCGCGGCUUUUCAAAUUAAUCAUUCCUUUAACGACCAUCGGCCACGAAGGCUACGCUAAAGAAAUCGAACCCAUAGCUAUCCUAGUCCACCCCCAACAACCACUAUCAUACCUAGAGCGUCUGAUCCAGUCAGAGCUACCCCCAAUUAAAGGCAACACCGAUAAGCUCCGUCCACCUGCCAUAUCCUUCAUCGCACUCCAGCACGAUGACAACGCAAUCAAACCUAAAAAGCGAAUCGAAGACGAAAUCGACCUAGACGCAAACCAGAACACAGGAGACUUCAUCCCCGGCAACGACGGCGUUGGCGGCAGCAAACCCCUCAACGGCCGCCGAUCACCAACCCAGCACCGCCGGUCUCGCGAAGAAGACGUCGAAACCUACAGCUACCCGCGCAAAACGAACGGCGCCCCGCCGUCCGACGGCGAACCCGAACGUUUCGUGCGCUGGUCACAAGCCACAGAGAUAGGCGACUUCAUCCGGGAUGCUGCGCGCGCAGGCGAGUUCAUCGUGACGAUCGAGGGCGCGCCGUCUGGUCUAAGCCAAAUCCGCGUCGCGGUACCCUCGUUCAACGAGCGCACGUAUUACCUCCGCAUGCGUUUACGCAAGCUCUCGCGACGCAUCCAAGCCAUAGCGGAUGUGAAGGAAAAUUGCGAUGCGCUAGCGCAUCGGGGUGCGCAGCGGGUUGCUAUUGGCGGGUUUGGAAUUCUUGCCAUUUGGUGGUUUACGGUCUAUAGAUUGACGUUCGAGACUGAUCUCGGAUGGGAUACUAUGGAACCUGUGACUUACUUGGUCUCUUUGUCCACUUUGAUGGGUGGUUAUUUGUGGUUUUUGUAUCACAAUCGGGAGAUUUCUUACAAGUCUGCGCUGGAUUUUACGAUCAGUGCGAGGCAGAAGAAACUUUAUCAGUUGCAUAACGUUGAUUUGCAGCUUUGGGAGUCUUUAAUUGAUGAGGGGAAGUCGCUUCGUGGGGAGAUUAAGAAUAUCGCGGCUGAGUAUGAUGCUGAAUGGAAUGAGCGUGCUGAUGAGCAGGAUAAGCGUGUGACAGAAGUCUUGAAGUCAGACCGUCGAGAGAAACAUGAGAAGAAGAGUGAGGAUGAUAAGAAUGACGAGGAAGAUUGA